AUGAUGCAAUUGUUCUCCGUCAUCGCCUUGGCGCUGGUUGCGCCCACAGGCGCUAUGCUUCGGUUCUCCUGCUCGCAGCUAGUGAUAGACAGGAUUGAUCCCUUGGUUAAUCCUGGCCAGGCUCCAUCCCCGCAUCUGCAUCAGCUUGUUGGAGGCAACUCCCUGGACAUAACCAUGAACCCAGACCAAGAUCUCCCGACUACCUCAACAUGUACUAGCUGUACAUUUACGGAAGAUUUUUCUAACUACUGGACUGCCGUUCUAUAUUUUAGAGCUCGAAAUGGGACGUACAAGCGCGUUCCAACGUUCGCGAACCAGUAUCUGGAGCCCGCUAACGGUGGCAUCACCGUAUACUACAUCCCGCCGUACGACAACAAGUCCAAGGUCACAGCAUUCAAAAAGGGUUUUCGUAUGCUUAUUGGAGAUUCGACCAAGCGGUCCAACAAGAACGAUGCUGAGUCGAAGCAGUUGAGUUUCCGGUGUUGGGAGAAGAACUUUGGCGGUGAAGCAGGAGCUCCUGGUACUGGAAAGGAUACUAGAGCGCUCCCAGCUAGGCCCUGCCCGGGCGGAAUUCGUGCCAAUCACUUCUUCCCUACUUGCUGGGAUGGAAAGAACCUCGACUCUCCAGAUCACAAAUCGCAUGUCGCAUAUCCUUCAAGUGGAUCCUUCGAAUCUAAUGGGCCAUGCCCUUCCACGCACCCUGUCAAGAUUCCGCAGCUCUUCUACGAGGUAGCUUGGGAUACACGUGCUUUCAAUGAUCCGAAUGAUUGGCCAGUGGACGGCUCGCAACCUUUCGUCUUCAGCUUCGGUGACGCGACCGGCUACGGAUCUCAUGCUGAUUAUGUGUUUGGUUGGAAGGGAGAUGCACUUCAGAAGGCUAUGGAUGCGUUCUGCAAUGUCAAUUGCCCACAAUUGAAGACGCAGACGACGCAGAAUGCUAAUAGGUGUACCGUCAAGCCGAAGGUGAAUGAAGCAGUUGAUGAAUGGCUGACGGAGCUUCCGGGUGGAAUGCAGGUUACUUAUUGA